AGAGCCUCCAUUGUCCUUACACUUUCAGCCUGGACAGGGUGUGCACCGCCCUUUGAGCCCGUGCAGUCUGUGUGCCGUCCGGAUAUCGUUGGGAUCUGCAGUGGGUCAACCCCAGCCCAAUGCCGCCCCCAACAAUGCUCAUCAUCAUCAGCAGCAGCAUCAAACACCGCGUGAUCAAGGAGCCGGACAAUCAUAUGAGGAUGGACAAGGUCUCGAGGAACCAAUGGUACACAUUGAACGAUCAAAUCAACUUAAUACUUGGAUAUGCUGUGUGCCAUGUUACUGGCUGCGGCAUAGUAAGGCUGUACACAAAGCAUUUCUUACUUUUGCUAUGUUACUCGUGACAAGUCUUUUGGUUACCAGUCCUGUACUUUUUCUUAUUACGACAUUACCUGAAGGAGAACAUCUACGUGACUGUUCAACAUUGGAUGAAUCCUGUCAUAGGAAGCGAGAUGGACAAGAGAGAGUCUGUGAGUCAUUCGCCUGUCGUGAAGCUUCACGCCGUAUGUUGUCUUCUAUGCAACGAGAUAUUGAUCCUUGCAAGGAUUUUUAUCAGUUUGCCUGUGGAAGUUUUCAAACUCAUGAGCCAACUUCAAGUUUUAGUUUACUUCAGAAGCAAGUGGAUAGUCAAAUUCAAAGAAUGCUAUCAAAUGAAACAGGAAGAAUAAGCGGUGCAUUCAUUAAACUUGGCCAGUUUUAUAACAACUGUCUUGAAUUCAAAGAAAAACCUGUAAACUUUGCACCUGUGUAUAGAUUAUUAGAUGAAUUAGGUGGAUAUAUUUUGCCAGAAAAUGAAGGACCGGCUGAUAUAACACCUUUAAUUGCUUCACUUUUAAAAAUCUCUAGUACUCCACUUUUGGACAUGUAUUUAGACACAGAUCUAUAUGACCAUUCUAAAACGGCUAUUUUUUUGGAUCUACCAAAAAACUAUCAAUCUGAUAUGUUAUUCAGUAAUCCCAUAGAAAAUGAAUCAAGGUUCCGAAGAGGACUAUAUAUAGCAAGCGAAGCAAGACGCAGGAAAAGAUCCAAUCUAACUGAGAGCAAAGUGUAUAAAAUUAUUAAAAAUAGUAAAGAAGAGAAACAUUCUCAAAGAAUACAAAAAAUUAUUCAAAGUUUAAUACCAAGUGAUAUGGAACAAAAAGAAAGAUUGUCCGAAAUAGAUGAACUACUACAAUUUUGCUUAACUAUUAAAAAGAGUUAUCCUCGAUAUAGAGAUAUAUAUAAUUGGAUCGAGAUUGAUCAACGUAUCUAUGUACCAUACAAUCUUUCUUAUUUACAAGAAAGUUUUGAAUAUAUAAGGUGGGAGAUGCUAGUUAACUCAACUUUAGACAAUGCCGGUACAGAUAUGUACAAUAAUGAUUAUCGCCAUGAAUACAAUAAUAAUCAACCUGCCUAUAUCUAUGUAAGUGCUCCUCAUUAUUUUCAUACACUUGGCAAGAUAUUGAACCGCUUUUCCAAAAGAAUUAUUCAUAAUGGCUUGCUGGUACUAUAUACAACAGAUAUUUUAUAUGAUAUUGUAAAUGUAACUGCUAGUAAAAACUGGAGCGAAAAUUGUGUCCAGUUAACUAAAAAUGUCUUCAGUGAAGGUAUUGGAAUGCUUUAUGUUCAACAAUAUAAUCCAGACUUUUUAGAACUUCUUAUAAACAGGGUAUCAAUAUUAUUUGAGCGUAUUAAAGAAACGCUUGCUGAACGAAUGCUUAUAAUGCCUUGGCUUGAUGAACAGACAAGAACUCAAGCUAUUGUCAAACUACAUUCAUUAUAUGGAAAAUUUCAAAUUUGGCCUGGAUAUUUAAAUGAAUCUUUAUUGGUACAACAAAUGAUAAAGGUUAAAAUUGAUCAUGAUGAUUUUCUGUCAACUGUGCUGAGAAGAUAUAAGCAACUUCGAAGAUUGGAUGGACAAAUAAACAAAAACACAAUUCAAAAAGGGCAUCAUCCUUUUGCUGUUAGCGCAUAUUAUGAAGCAUCGUCUAAUUCUAUUGUCAUUUCAUUAGCAAUGAUGACUAUGUGGUCUUGGUCAUGGAACGGUGGACCCACAUAUGAUGUUUAUGCAACUUUAGGCUCGGUAAUAAGUCACGAAGUACUUCAUGCAUUUGAUCUUCAUCAUAGACAAUUGCCGCUUGAUCUAGAUCCUGUUAGUACACAAUGGUCAUGGAUUACUCCAGAAUCUUGGCACAAACUCCAGGUUAUGAUUGAAUGUGUUGCUAAGCUCUAUGCUAGAAGUUUUUGGAGAAAGGUCAAACUCUAUGGAAAUAGUGUUGAUAUACAGUAUGAUUGGAAUAUUACGAGAAACGAAAAUGUAGCCGACAUCGGCGCCUUGCAGAUCGCCUAUCAAACAUGGUAUAUCUUAACAAACGGGAAAGAUAGAAUUUUGCCAGGACUCGAAGCGUUACAUCCUAAUCAACUGUUCUUUAUUAGAGCUGCUCAAACAUACUGCUCCAAUAUAACUGCGGAGGCUUACAUUCUUUCGAUCGAACUUGAUUAUCAUAUACCUCAGCCCGAAAGGAUAAAUGGAAUAAUGAUGAAUUCACCUGAAUUUGCUGAAGCAUUUCGAUGUUCACUCGGAUCGAAAAUGAAUCCAAUAAAAAAAUGUAAAAUGUGGUGAUCUAUACUAUACGUACACAUAAAACAAGAAAACAAAUUU